AUGAAGUACACAUUCGUUUUUCUGCUUUCUGCCCUCUUUGCGGCCAUUGGUCAAGCAAGUCUGUUGGACGAGCUGCCUAGCUGCGCGGCCACCUGUUUUAAAAACUCCCUUUCGACUACUCAGUGCUCUCCACAGGAUAUUUCCUGCCUCUGUGCAGAUGCUAGCUUCCAGGGUACCGUCCAGUUGUGCUUGGGUAGCGGGGUUUGCACUCCAAAAGAGGUUCUCACAACGACAAAUGCAACAUCAUCGGCCUGUGGGCUUCCGGCACAUGAUAUCAGAGCAACCGUGAUCGGUAUUCCGGCUACUUUUGGCAGUCUGGCAAUCAUCUUUGUGUUUGUCCGUAUCUAUGCGCGUCUGUUUAUCAACAAGUUCUUUGCUUGGGAUGACCGUUUCAUCGUUGCUGCUUUGGUGUUUGCUCUUCCGUUGAACUUCUUGAUGUUUCCAAUGGCAAACUCUGGAAUGGGCAAGGACAUUUGGACAAUACCGUUCAAAGACCUAACUCAAACACUAAAAGAGCUAUACUUCGCCGAAGUCUUCUACAUGGUCUCGGAAAUGUUCACCCAGCUAUCCAUCCUCGCGUUUUAUCUACGUGUUUUCGAUUCUAGAUUGUUCCGCAACGUUGCCCUCGCAAUCGGUGUGUUUGUUAUUUGCUUCGGAAUAUCGAAUACCAUGUCCAUGAUCCUUCAAUGCACCCCGGUCUCGUUCUUCUGGGACGGGUGGACUGGUGAGUACGUCGGGAAAUGCAUCGACAUUAAUUCAUUUUCGUGGGCGCGCGCUGCGAUUGAGAUUUUGGUGGAUUUGGCAAUUAUCUCACUUCCGAUUCCAUUGCUUCUGAGACUCAAAUUGAGCUGGAACAAAAAGUUGCAAAUCUUGUCCAUGUUCUCGAUUGGAUUCUUGAUUACACUCGUCAGUAUUCUUCGUCUCGAAUCACUUGUCCGAUUCUCCAAGUCUACAAACACUACAUAUGACAAUGCGCCUGCAAUCUACUGGUCUGUACUCGAAUGCGACAUUGCCAUUCUCUGCGCCUGCAUGCCGGCCUUGCGUAUCAUCCUCGGUGCAGUCUUCCCGGAGUAUUUCGGAAGCAGCUUCAACUCCGAGGCCUCCCCUUCGCGAGAGAGCAAUAAAAAGUCGGCUUCGCGACAGAGUGGCAUGAUCAUGAAAGCUGGCUCUUCUACGUCGUCGGACCCGGAGGCAGACCCAAUCAACAAGAGUAUUGCGUCGUGGGGGGCUGUGCCUACGGGCACCGAUGAUCGCUCACGCACGCCGAGUCCGGUGGAAAUGCAUUCCGUGAAGACCGAUCACGCUUAA